AUGGAGAUUACCGAUACGACGAUGAGUAUAAGAAACCAUAAGAUCAAAUGUAAGGGAGUUGAUGUGACUAAGGACCGUGGUCGGCUAGAAGAUACUAGAAAGAUUGGUGACAAGAGUAGGGAUGAUAAAAGUGAUGAUAAUAGUGUUGUUGAUCAAAAGUGA